UACAGACAUGCGCAUUGACGUCAAGCUGUUAGCUUCCCAACGACAUGUUUAUUGUUCGAGCAGCACUAUAAUGUCCUAGGCUUGUGUUUAAGUUUGACUAGUCUAAUAACCCUCAUAGUUAUCUGUUCCUAAUAUAUAGGUUACAAUUUGCAGACAAGUAUUGCACGAGAAGGACAAAUCAGCUCGUGAGGGGCCACACUGACAACCAAGGAAGUAUCUAUCUUAAAGGCACAGCCCCAGUAUCUGGCACCACCAUCACAAUAAUAGACUAGCUGAUUACAUAAGCGUGUGAUCAACUGUAAAGUUGAAGAUCAUCACUUAGGAGAGCCUCAUCAGAACCGAAACUACAACAAAGAUGGGGAACAGUGCAAUCAAAGCCCAUCUGGAAAAUUCACAGAAGACGGGGAUCUUUCAGCUGACAGGGAAAGGUCUCCCUGAGUUCCCUGAGGAACUCCAGAGGUUAACUGGAAACCUACGGACUGUAGAUCUGUCUUCCAACAAGAUUGAAGUGCUGCCUCCCGCCAUAGGAAACUUCCUACAGAUGAAGAGUCUGACUUUAAAUUUUAAUAAACUCACAAGUCUCCCAGAUGAAAUUGGGAAGCUUAAGAAACUAGAGACCCUCUUGCUGAACGGGAACCAACUGACGCAGCUCCCUAGCGGUGUAGGACAGUUGAAAGCGUUGCGCACACUCAGCCUGUCUGGGAACAAGUUCCGGGAGUUUCCUGGCGGCCUUGGCUCCCUACGACACCUGGACGUCCUGGACCUGUCCAAGAACCACAUCCAGGCUGUGCCUGCUGAGGUAGCGGCCCUGCAGGCCAUCGAGAUCAAUCUCAACCAGAACCAGAUUUCAGUGGUGUCUGCGGAGGUGUCCACCUGCCAGAGGCUAAAGGUGCUGAGACUGGAGGAGAACUGUCUAGAGCUUGCCUCCAUCCCUGUGUCCAUCCUCACCAGCUCCCAGGUGUCUCUGCUCUCUGUGGAGGGCAACCUGUUCGAGGUGAAAAAUAUGCGGGACCUGGAAGGGUAUGAGAAGUACAUGGAGCGCUUCACUGCAACCAAGAAGAAGUUUGCCUGAAGAAUAGAGAGGGAGCAUCCCCCUGAGUCCAGCUUGUGCACUACACCCAAGCACCCUCCCUAGUGGUUGUCUUACUACAGUAUAUAUGGCUUCUGCACUACAGCAACAGGUUACAACAGCAAGAACCACAGUAGAAUGAGUACUGAUUGAGAGCAUGCUAUGAUCUGUGUAUGACAGCAACAGGAUACCAUGAAUGGAUAUAGAGAACUAUGUGAACAGUGGACGAUAGACAGUGCAUUCACUUACGAUAUUCAUAGAAAUUGCAUCUUGAAUACUAAUUUACGAACAAAACCCUUAGCAGGUUAUACUUAAAUACUAUAGUGGGCUAAAAUGUCCCUCUACAUUGGCUUUUAACUGCAUAUAAAUUAGCAAUACAAUUGUUGCAGAAGUCAAACACCUCGGUUCAGUAUCAAGCAGUGUUUUGCCUGUCAGAUAGUAUUUGUGCCGUGACCAGCAAGCGAAUGAAAACUGUAGUACAGAAUGUCAAAGCAGUGACAAUUGCACUACAUAGAACCAGAAUGAGAUAAUGAUUUUUAAAGCUCCAUUUUGCAUUUUUAUUUUUUUAACUAGGCAAGUCAUUUAAGAACAAAUUCUUAUUUUCAAUGACGGCCUAGGAACAGUGGGUUUAACUGCCUAAUCCACCCUUGUACAGAUUUGUACCUUGUCAGCUCAGGGGUUUGAACUUGCAACCUUCUGGUUACUAGUCCAACGCUCUAACCACUAGGCUACCCUGCCGCCCCAUUAAGGCUUACCCUAUGGAUCUGGAAUGGAUCGUCACAUUUUUUCUGUAGCUCUGGUCCAGAGUGUUUAUUUUCAGCUGAGGAAAGCUGAUUCAUCAGCAUGCCACACACAAAACCCUGGACCAGAGCUAGUUUUUCUGGUGCUGUGAAAGAAUGAAGAAAAGCACAGCCUAAAUCUGAACAAAAAUAUAAACACAUAUCAAUGAUUUUACUGAGUUAGUUCAUUAUAAGGAAAUCAGUCAAUUUAAGUAAAUAAAUUAGGCCCUAAUGGAUCUAUAGAUUUCUCAUGAUUGGGCAGGGGCAUAGGCCCAUUCACUUGGGAGCCAGGCCCAGCCAAUCAAAAUGAGUUUUUUCCCCUCAAAGGGGCUUUAUUAAAGACAGAAAUACUCCUCAGAUUCAUCAGCUGUCUGGGUAACUGGUCUCAGACGAUCCCA